AUGGGUCAAACACUCUCAGCACCCGUCACCGAGAAACAUUCCUCGACCGGCAACAAUGACCGUCUCGCCUUUGGACAAUCAGCAAUGCAAGGAUGGCGCGCCACCAUGGACGAUGCUCACACAAUCUUGCUGGAUGUAGAGGGGGCUCCAGGAACCGCAUUUUUCGCUGUCUAUGAUGGUCAUGGAGGCGACACUGUAGCCAAGUACAGCGGCGAUCACCUUCAUAAAAACAUUUUCGCGGAUGCAGCAUUUGGCGAAAAAGAGUUCAAGACAGCGAUCAGGAACGGAUUUUUGAAAACUGACAGAGCUCUUCAUCUGGAUCCAGACUGCAACAGCGAAUCGUCAGGUUGCACUGCCAUCACCGCAACCAUUACAGACAAUAAUAUGCUUUAUGUCGGUAACGCCGGCGACUCUAGAGCUGUUCUUAGCAGAGAUGGAAAAGCUGUUGCUAUGUCUACCGACCACAAGCCUACCGACUUUGAUGAAUCGACAAGGAUCCUGUUCUCGGGAGGGUAUGUCGAGAAUGGCAGAGUCAAUGGCCUUUUGGCAACAUCUCGAGCGUUGGGAGACUUUGGGUUCAAGUUGACUGAUACUUCAGAUCCUGGAGAUCAAAUCGUCAUUGCGGUUCCUGAUAUCGUAGAGCAUGAACUGGCAGACGAAGACGAGUUUCUGGUGCUUGCUUGUGACGGCAUCUGGGAUUGCAUGAGCUCACAACAGUUGAUCAGUUUCGUCCCCGACGCCGGCACAUUGACCAUCGCCGGAUGCGAUAACAUGACAAUGGUCGUGGUCGCCUUUUUGAAUGGACGAACGGUUGAAGAAUGGCCGCUGUAUUCGAUUGUGUAG